CAAGCUACAAGCGGUUCCUUCGACCACCAGGAGCUAGCAUUUUAGUGAUACGUUGGCAAUCUAGCGUUAAACAAGUUGUGUGUCUCUCGUAUCCAUUCGGCGUGCUCGAUAGCAAUGCGGCUGAUAUUGUUUGGGUUGGAUCCAGUUAGUAGUCAUUAGUCUUUCGCUGUCAUCGUUGCGGUGUCGACGCUGAACAAGAUUCCUCAUCUAACGAAAUUAGUGGCGCACGCUUUCUGCAGCAGAUGCCUCUCGGCUCGACGUGUCCGUUCUUCGAAUCGUGCGUUUGGUGUCGGCGUUGUGUUUGUUGCAUUGACGAGUCAGUUAUGGGCAAUUAAAUUAUAAUACGCCAAUAAAAGUGGAUCAUCAUUAGAAGAGUAUGCAGUAGACAGUGGCUGACGGGACUGCCUAUCCAAUCUUCGCGCGCUUAUUGGAAAACGUGUCACGGGUAUUCAUAUGCGUGUUAGAUUGAUGUCCGGAGGAAGUGGCUUAUGAAUUCACGCUGAGUGGCAGUAUUAAUCAUACUCAAUUUGUAACAGCGAAGGGAGUAAGGAAGGAUAAACGUGUCAGUUGUGAAACAUGUGAAGGGAAGAUUUUGAUUUGAAACAAGUGGAAGUGUGACCUCUUAGAAACGAAAUUCAACCACCCUCAAAUCGACGCAACUGGAUGGAAUGAAUUUUCGUAAAUUGUGUGAUGUAGUUAGGCAUUCGUGGCUAUAUUAAAUUAAGACUUCAAGGAUUACUCUCUCACAACACAAGUGAAUGACAAGAUGAGAUGGACCACUUUGUUUGGACAGCCGUUCUAAAAUGGAUUGUUUAUCAUCACUUGGACGUUCUAAUUCUGUUGUAUUGACGUUGUAUUGAGGUCAAAUAAAUGUUUUGGCAGAUGGUCAUUAGCUAACAUGAUUUAAUGACCGUUGCGUUUCGAAUGAUUCGUGAAAUGUAAAUACCGUUGCUUAACAGAGUUUUGUGGUUGUGAAUUGGUGGUUCAUCGAAAUUCAAUACCGGUAGCAAAGAACGGCGAUGACGUUGUAAAAUAUACAAAAUCGAAUUACAAAAUGUUCAGUACAAACCUAACCAAUGCAGUGAAACCAACGACAAUGCAACGAGUGAAUGAAUCCUUCCUGUCUGUGAUAAUUAAUAGCACCAGUUUGUUAGACUACCCGAGCACACCUGUAGAUAGUGCAUCGUUCAAUUUCAGUGAAACAGAAUGGCCCAUGGACAACUCGUCGUUCUUCUACGGACCCAAACGGGAUCCACUGUAUGUAGUGAUACCCAUGACUAUAAUAUACGUCCUAAUUUUCAUUACUGGAGUUAUCGGUAACAUCAGCACAUGCAUCGUCAUAUCGAAAAACAAGUCCAUGCACACAGCCACCAACUACUACUUGUUCAGUCUUGCGAUUUCCGACUUUCUACUGCUAAUAUCCGGGGUGCCACAGGAAAUUUACUUUAUCUGGAGCAAGUACCCUUAUAUAUUUGGCGAAUUGUUUUGUGUAGCCAGAGGAAUCGCAGCGGAAACAUCGGCAAAUGCCACUGUGCUGACAAUUACGGCGUUCACAAUCGAGCGAUACGUGGCCAUAUGUCAUCCGUUCCUUUCGCACACCAUGUCGAAACUUUCCCGGGCCAUCCGGUUCAUAUUUGCCAUUUGGCUGGUGGCCAUCGUUUCCGCCGUCCCCCAGGCGUUACAGUUCGGCGUAACCAAUCAGUCCGGGGUGGACCAGUGUGUGGUGAAGCGAAUAAUUAUUCAGCAUUCUUUCGAGCUAUCGACGUUUCUAUUUUUCUUCGCUCCGAUGACGCUGAUUACGGUGCUGUACGCUCUGAUUGGCCUGAAAUUGCGAUCUUCCACGUUGAUGCAACGCGACGGGACGCUGCAGAGGCGGAGUAACGCAUGCCCCAAUACCCGGCAGCAAGGAACUAGCCAAGGAACGCGACGGGUCCUGAAAAUGCUCGUUGCAGUUGUUGUUGCAUUUUUCAUCUGUUGGGCGCCGUUCCACGCACAACGCCUGGUAUACAUUUACGGUGUCGACAAGGACCAUCAGCCGAACGAUCCAUUAGUGCUGAAGUUAUUCGUGAUUACCACCUACAUCUCCGGCAUCCUGUACUACCUUUCCACCUGCAUCAACCCACUGCUGUACAACAUCAUGAGCAACAAAUUUCGUCAAGCUUUCAAGGAGACGCUGGCCCGUGGCUGUCAAAUAUCGCGCAAAUCACGUGGUAAAGAGCGAUCAUACCGAAUACUGUCCCGAAGGGAGCGACGUCCAACUUCAAACAAGGAGUCUUCUGAAUUCUCAGGCAAUUCCAUCAAGGAUGACAGCCUAUACUCGUCCUCUACUCAAAAACAGUCAAUCGAUUCCGUAGCACUAUCACGAGGCCAUUCUGUGAAGCGUUUCAACUCGGACCGAGCCGCGGCGGAAUGUGCCCCAAAAAUGUUCACUUCGAAAGUGAUGAUGACGUCGUCGGCCCACUUGAAUCUGUACACCCAGGAGCAGGAGUUGUGCCUCAACAUCUAUCCUUCGAAAGAUACCCUGUCGCGGUCCACGGAAAAUUUGUCCCGCAUUAGCAUACAAUUGAAUCGAUUAUCCUCGGAAGAGACGCUUCCGCACAGCCUCCAACGAAGCCACAUAUGUGCCACGUCAAUUUCAUCCUCGUCAACGUCGACCCAACCCAACAGACAAGGAGCAAACUUUGCAGGCGUAUCGUUGGACGAGAAACUCAAUCAGUCCAAUUCGCGCGCUCAAUUGCCAGGCGAUGUCACCAAUCUGGAUCUAAUCUGCAGCCAGCAGGGGGAAAUAAAAAUAUUUAUUAAACGUAAAAAUCGGCACAAGGAUAAUCGGUUGAAGCUGUGGCGCUAUCUUCACCGCAUGGCACCUUUGAAGGGUAAACAGAGUCGCCAUAAUCAACACCCAACGGCAGUUCAUUUUUACAGCCCCGUAAUGUACGGCCAAAGAGAAAGUUCAGAAGUCGAGCAUAACUCGAAAAUGUCAUCAGCAGCAAACGUGUAUCCGAUAGAUUUUGGCAUGCCGGCUUCGGAGGGCCGAGAAGAUGACCUCGAGGCAUACAUGAAAGAGAUAAAGUUGAGAGAAAGCCAUAGCAGUUCGGCACCCUGAGCCAUAUGAAUGCCAAUUUUCGGAUAAUAAAAAAAACUUUUAAGGUGAUGCAAGUACGUACCUUUCUGACUGACAGGGUUUGGGAUUUGUGGGGUUUGCUACGCUUCUCCCACCGAUGAGAUGUUCCCAUGAAAGGUGAACUGUGGAGUUGUUCGGUACCCUAAUCCAGCUCGUGGACAGCUUGUUGUUUCUGAUGUGUACGUGGAUAAAAUUUCCUCGAAUUUGUUACAUACCGCACCAGAAGAUUAUCGUUUGAAAUGAGAAUUUACUUACCUUUAAGAACACGUUUAAAAGGUUUCUAAGCACGGCGAUGAACGGCAAGUGUACAAAGUUGUCAAUCAUAAUUCAUAAUUUAUAACAAUGUGUGAUUGUUGAAAGCGUAGGCCCUGCCACGCUUUUUGUCAGAUCUGCUGUAGAAACAAUCCAACGGUUAUCAGCUUUAAUGUACUUCAUAUUGAAGAAAGGAUGAUUGAUGAUAAUACGGUACGCGUGGGGUGCUAAAUUGAAUUGGUCGCCAUUAUGUAAUUUGUAAAUAUUUGGAAACUCGGACGAAAUUUGCGAAAUUCAACAGAAACGGCUGUGUAUAGAUUUAUUUUCGAAUUCAUAUGUAUCGCCUGGACAAAACCUGAAAUGUGUUAAUGUUAAGUCUUAAAUGUAUGAAGUAAACUUUCGGUAUUGAUUG